AUGGGUGAAAAAGAUGAUGAGUUUAGUUUGGGUUUGAGCUUGACUUUAGGGUGCGGAGAAUAUGAUAAUAGUAAAAACAAAAACAAAACUCCUUUGAAUGUUAUGCAUAAACCUCUUCAAUCUGUUCCAAACCAAAGGGUUUCUUUCAAUAACUUGUUCCAUUUUCAUGAUCUCAGUACCGAAAUGAGGUCGUUUCUGCGCGGAAUCGACGGGAACUCGCUGCGACCGUCUUCAGCGGCGGUGUUCGAGGAUGAGAACGGAGUUUCGUCGCCGAAUAGCACUGUGUCAAGUAUUAGUGGAAAACGGAGCGAAAGAGAAGGAAAUGGAGACGAAAACGAUGCUGUUGAGAGGGCUUCCUGUUCUCGCGGUGGAAGCGACGAUGAUGACGGUGGAGGAUGCGGCGGCGACGGCGAAUCUUCGAGGAAGAAGCUGAGAUUGUCGAAGGAGCAGUCGGUGUUGCUGGAAGAAACUUUCAAAGAGCACAACACACUGAAUCCGAAACAAAAGCAAGCAUUGGCAAAACAGUUGAAUCUGAAGCCUAGGCAAGUGGAGGUGUGGUUUCAAAACAGGAGAGCAAGGACCAAGUUGAAGCAAACUGAGGUGGAUUGUGAAUAUUUGAAGAGAUGCUGUGAGACUCUAACUGAAGAGAAUAGAAGGUUGCAAAAGGAAGUGCAAGAGCUUAGGGCAUUGAAGUUAUCUCCACAACUUUACAUGCAAAUGAACCCUCCCACCACUCUUACAAUGUGUCCUUCGUGUGAGCGUGUCGCCGUGUCAUCCGCAUCCUCCUCAUCAGCAGCCGCACCCUCUGCUUCAACUCCAGCUAACCGCAAUCCGUUAGGCCCGAGUGUUCAACGACCAGUACCUGUCAACCCUUGGGCGGCCAUGUCUCUCCAAAACUGUCCCCGAUCUUGA